AUGAAGAAAUUAGCAAAUCCCUUUCGUUUAAUUUCUCACAAUGCCAUAAUUUUGACUAAUAAUAUUAUUUUAACAAUAUUAUCAGGUACAUUUUCUUAAACAAGAUUAUAAUUUAAUUAAGAAAAUAAAGAUUUUAAAAUAGAUAAUUAAAUUAUCAAUUUUAUCUUUUUAUUAAUAAAGAUGUUGUUUUAAGACUAAAAAUAUAUUGUAAUAUAAUAAAUAUGCUCAAAUAUGUUACCUAACCAUCAUAGUAAAUUACUUCCUUCAUCACAGAAUACCUAAUUGUCGACAUAAACAAUUUCAAAUGCUAAAUAGAAGAUUAUAUGA